AUGUUUUUGGAGACGCUGAGCGAGACGUUCCCGGAGGAGUUGGACGAGAUGCGAAGAAAGGUUCGGGACGACGUGAAGCGGGCGUCGGAGAGCGGAGGGAUGUUGGCGCUGGCGCAGGGGUGCUUCGUGGGGGCGAUGUGCGCGAGCGCGCGAUCGAUGGAGUACUUUAGCGCGGCGCAGUUUACGCUCGCGCGGUGCGCGGCGUCGAUUCCGUUUAUAUAUCUCCUCGCGCGAACGCGGGGGGAGACGAUGCGGGAGUUGAAGAAUGUGAAGAAGAGAAAUAGGCUGUUGACGUCGGUGGUGAUGAUUUUGCUCGCCGCGUGCGUGUGUUUCGCGCAAAUUUGUUUGGCGUACGGAUUGAAGUCGACGUCGCUCGGAAACGCGGUGGUUCUCGGGCAGUUAGUGCCCGUGUACUCGUGCACGAUCGCGGUGUUUCAGGGGAUCGAGCGACCGAGCGUGGGUAAGUUUGCCGCGAUCGCGAUGAGCGUGAUCGGGACGAUUUUACUCCUCGAUCCGGCGCGCAUGUGGUUGAGCGUCGGGAACGCCCUGUUGUUGGUUCGAAGCGCCAUGUUCGCGUCGUACCUGGCGUUUCAAGAGUCUAUCCUGCGAGAGUACAACCCCGUCACCGUUGCCGUUGUCUCGCAAUUCUUAGGGGCGCUCAUGGGGAUGGCUAUCGCGCUUCCGCUGGUGAUUCGCGAACACGUCACGGCGGAGGCUCCGAUUGCGUUGGUGACGCAAACGAGCGCUUGGGCCGCCGUGGCCGCCGUCGGCGUCCUCACCUCGGCCGCGUACGCGCUCACCACGCGCGCGGAGGCGAACACCACGCCCGUCGUGACGGCGUGCUAUGGAUCGCUGCAGCCCAUUUUUGCGGGCCUCAUCAUGUCCACAGGUAUAGGCGGAGCCAUGCUCGCGCGCGACGCGUUCGCCUCAGCGCUCAUCUUGGCGGGGAGCGUUUUUGCCGUCGCCAAGUCGACGCUGGAGCGAAGUGAAAUGCGCGUGAUGCAGCGAUCUCGGGAUAUGCCGUGGAACACGCUCACGGGCGAUCCCACGAUCGCGUUGCCUCGAUCGACCGAUGCGGCGAGUUAUCCCGCGCCCAUUGACAUGACGCUCGACAUCGACUCCGAGUUGUCCAACCUCUCCGUCGACGCGGACGAACAGGAAGGGACGGUGAUCAUGAAGGGCGGAUCGAAAAAACGCGAGCGUGCGACGACGACGGAAGGGACCGUUCGUCUCAAGCGUAAGUUGAGAAAAUCGAGAGUUCAGCGCUCCACCGUCGUAUGGACCAUAGCCUGGGCAGUCAUCCUCUCGAUUGUCUCGCUCGCCGGCGCCGGGCUCAUCGGAUGGUACGGCGUCUACCUGUACUGGCGUUUCUUUUGCUAG